GGGUGGGGCCGAGGAAAACCCCAAGGAAUAUCUAUAAAGGAAUUCGGGCCCCUACGUGAGAAGCUCGGAGGGGGUGGUUCCAGGAGUUCCUCGUGGAGAGAGGAUCGUCCGUGACUCAGACCCCGUCGAAAAGCUCUCGAUUUCACGCAACCAACCUUAGCCUCGUCCCCAACACAAUCCUUGAUUUUACCCCUGGGAAAAUUAGCCGUUCUCCUGCUCUCGGUUUGGGGUGAGAGCACCCUUCCUAACGGUCUUCGGGAACUGUGCGCGCCGGCUGCAAUGGGGCCGCAUUUUACCCUCCUGUGUGCGGCGCUGGCCGGUUGCUUGCUUCCUGCCGAGGGGUGUGUUAUAUGUGACCCGUCUGUCGUGCUGGCGCUAAAGUCCCUGGAGAAAGAUUACCUGCCUGGCCACCUGGAUGCGAAGCAUCACAAAGCCAUGAUGGAAAGGGUAGAGAACGCCGUGAAGGAUUUCCAGGAACUGUCGCUUAAUGAGGAUGCCUAUAUGGGGGUCGUUGAUGAGGCCACGCUGCAAAAGGGGUCCUGGAGUUUGCUGAAGGAUCUGAAACGCAUCACAGACAGUGAUGUAAAAGGCGAUCUCUUCGUGAAGGAGCUAUUUUGGAUGUUGCACUUGCAAAAGGAAACCUUUGCCACCUAUGUUGCUCGAUUCCAAAAAGAGGCUUAUUGUCCCAACAAAUGUGGUGUGAUGUUGCAAACUCUGAUCUGGUGCAAGAACUGCAAAAAGGAGGUUCACGCUUGUCGAAAGUCCUACGAUUGCGGGGAGCGGAAUGUGGAAGUUCCUCAAAUGGAAGACAUGAUCCUGGACUGUGAGUUAAACUGGCAUCAGGCUUCCGAAGGCCUCACUGAUUACAGCUUUUACAGGGUUUGGGGGAACAAUACGGAGACCUUGGUGUCCAAGGGGAAAGAGGCCACCCUGACCAAGCCCAUGGUGGGUCCAGAGGAUGCAGGCAGCUACCGCUGCGAGCUGGGCUCUGUGAAUUCCAGCCCAGCCACGAUCAUCAAUUUUCACGUCAGAGUGUUGCCCAAAAUGAUCAAGGAGGAAAAACCUUCUCCAAAUAUCGUAACCCCGGGGGAGGCGACCACGGAGUCGUCCAUAACCCUCCAGCCUCUGAAGCCCGAGAAAAUGCUGGCAAGCCGCCUUCUGGGGCUGCUGAUCUGCGGCUCCCUAGCACUGAUAACCGGCCUUACCUUUGCGAUAUUUCGUCGAAGGAAGGUGAUCGAUUUCAUCAAAUCCUCACUGUUUGGCCUUGGCAGUGGAGCGGCCGAGCAAACCCAGGUCCCAGAAGAAAAGGCCACAGAUUCGAGGCAACAAUAAAGAUUUAUCUUGUUGUCUAA